ACAACACGACCUAGCUUAAACUUGGAUUUUACCUCUCGUUUGUGUUUUACUUGUACUCGUGAUUGCCUCGAGCCUCUCCUCUGUUUUUUGUUUCUUCUCCUUUUCAUAUAUACAAACUGUGCCAAUCAGAGACCACGGUGGUGCCCUACCAGGAGAAUGCAGCCUCUGUCUAUAUCCUGAAUCUCUCGGAUACCGCACAUACCUAGCCAGCUCAUCAUGGACGACAGUUCAACUCCCCUCGCUUCUCUCUCCGUCACCCACGUCUACUACGACCCUGACGAUCAUGUCUCCCUCGCCUGCGCCUACCUCGCCCUCCUCCCCCAAGCCCUAUGCAUCGUUUACGCCACGCUCGUCCUUUUUACCCGCGAGGUCGAAGUCGCCUUGAUGUUUCUCGGUCAACUUGCCUGUGAGGUGCUCAACUUUGCCUUGAAACGGCUGAUUAAAGAAGAACGUCCGCGUCGCAUACACGGCAAGGGCUAUGGCAUGCCUAGUUCCCACGCACAAUUCGUUGCCUUCUGGAGUGUCUCCCUGGCUCUGUUCCUGCUUGUCCGCCACAAACCUCCCCGUGUACAUCGUAUUCGUGCAGCAAGUAGCUUGCACCGUCCGUGGAGCGUUCUUGAGAGAGUUGCUGUGAGUGUAGCUGGGGCGGCGAUUGCGGCUGCGACGGCAUGGAGCAGAGUAUACUUGAACUACCACACCCCUAAACAGGUCGUCGUGGGUAGUGUUGCAGGUGUCAUAAGCGCUCUCGGUUGGUUCAUUAUUGUUGCUGCCGUGAGGCAAACCGGCUGGCUGAAAUGGGCUCUAGAGACGCCUUUGGCGAGAGCUUUCAGAGUUAGGGACCUUGUCGUUGAAGAGGACAUGUGCCAGGCUGGUUGGGAGAAGUGGGAGAAGAGGAGAGCUGCUUCUCAAACGAUAAAGAAAGACAGAUAGCCAUCAAUGAAUUGACAACAAUCAUCACACAAGAGACUGAAUACUAAUAUAAAUUACCGGU